AUGGAGGCCAAGUCACAGCGUACAUACUUCGUCGACCUGCCCCCCGAGUUGCGGUAUCAAGUAUACGACUUCAUCGAAGCACCGCGCUUCCUCCUCUGGCCCAGCUCUAGCUUCUGGCCCUAUCCAGCCUCCCACGAUCCGCCAUUCCGAGCGCUUCUCGAGGCCGACAGUCGUCUUGCCGGCGACUAUCUUUCCUACCACGGCAAAGGAAUCGAAUUCUGCACGUUUAAGAUUUGCUGCACGCCCUCGCCCGCCUACCCGAUUGGGGUUUCCGGGCUGGACAAUGUUGGAUGUAUCACGAUCAAGAUCGAUUAUCACGACGCUCGCGGACAGUCCGGAUGCAAGGAACCCACGGAUUCGGAAAUCGAAGUUCUGCGCCGAAAUAUGGACAGGACGGUCGAUUUCCUUCGAGAUGGUGUGUGUCAAGAAGGUGCUACAAUUCCGAUACUGGAUUUUGGAUUCUUGAAGCGGUGGACGUAUGCUACUCGCGACGAAACAUUCGGCCUUCCGCCCAUCACGGACCGUCUUGCCGAAUAUCGCACGGUCGGUUCUGAGCCGGACUCUCCGACGGUCUACGAGUACCUCCUCGAACCGAUGAGACGGCUUCCGCCUUCGUUUCAGUGCGUACAAGCGCGAUUCACGCCCUGUGUGCCCGCGCCUACGGAGCGUGUCAAGGGAGAGCAGAGACGGCGGGUGGAGGGCUAUUUCUUGGCCUUGGAAGAUUUCCUAGCGGAUGAUCGCGUUGGGGUGAGACCUUCUUUCGACGAGGUUUUGAAUCUGUAUAUGGGGCAGAUGGAGGUGAGGGAUGGUGAUGGGUUUUGA